AUUAUAUAAACCAUACAAACUUCUAAUAAAAAAUCCAAAACACAAUCAAACAAUAAAACCAAUUAAGAAAAUGGCAACUAAGUUGUUUCUUCUUUUGAUAUUGCUCUCUCAUGUUACAUCUUCACUCUCGGAAGGAUGCCACCCUCAAGAUAAAAAAGCUCUUCUACAAAUCAAGAAAGAACUCAACAAUCCAACUCUUCUCUCUUCAUGGAAUCCACAAACUAAUUGUUGUGACGACUCUAGUUGGUACGGUGUUAUUUGCGCACCGUCUAGUAACCGUGUUUACUCUCUACUUUUGGAAGCCAACGAUGAACUUUCUUCUACAUUUCCGCCUUCUAUUGGUAACCUACCUACCUUGGAGCACAUACUUCUAUACAAGUUACCAAACCUCAUUGGCUCAAUCCCUCAGUCUAUAACCAAACUCAUCAAUCUCAAAUCCCUCACAAUCAGUGAAACCGGCAUAUCAGGCGCAAUACCAAACUACAUAGCCAAAUUGAAAAGCCUUACGUUCUUGGAUCUCUCCGAGAAUCACCUCUCUGGGAAACUUCCCCCGAACCUCUUCCACUUGGUUAAUAUUGAAGCAAUGUACCUUCAAAAUAACAAGUUAACAGGUCCAAUCCCUUCUUCGUUGGCAAGGUUGAACUCCUCGGUUGUUGACUUGUCUCAUAACCGGUUUGAAGGUGAUGCCUCCAUGUUUUUUGGUUUCGCGAAAAAGACUGAAACAAUCGACCUUUCUUGGAACAUGCUUGUGUUUGAUAUGGGACGACUAGAGUUUCCUAAGACAUUAAAACAUUUGGACGUGAGCCAUAAUCAGGUUUAUGGGAAACUCCCCGAAGGUGUGACGAAUUUAGAAUGGUUGGAUGUGAGUUACAAUAGACUUUGUGGUGAGAUUCCAAAGGGUGGUAUUGUGCAGGCCAUGGGUAGGAAAUCGUACUCGCAUAAUAAGUGCUUGUGUGGUUCUCCUCUUUCAAGAUGCAAGAAAUACAUGUAAAAUGGAGUCAUUUCUGAUGCAUUUUUCUACGGAAAUAAGUUUAUUGCAUUUCAUUAAUAAUCAACGGAGCAAGUAAAGAAGGAUAUGGAUGCCUUUGAGUAUACCGUGUUUAAAGUGUUUUUAAAAUUUGUUAUUAUACUUCAUUAAUGGUAAUUAAAUUUGUGAAUCAGUUUGUCAACAAGAAACAUGUUGGAUACUUGGAUCA